AACACAUAUUACACCUUUUAAUAUCUCUCUUUUUGCUCUGCUGUUUCUUGCAAUCAUCUUCCUCCAUUUCCUUCAUUUUCUUUCGUCUCUUUCAUUGCAAUCUCUUUUUGCUCUCCCGUUUGCUACACUCAUCUUCCUUCAUUUCCUUGAAUUUGCAAAGAAGAAAACAUGGCUGAGGUUGCAGGCAUACUUCUCUCUCCCUUUCUCCAAGCCUUUUUUGAGCGAAUGGCAUCCCGCGAGUUUGCUGACAUCUUUCAAGGAAGAAAACUCAAUGAUCGUCUCUUACACAAGUUGAAGAUAGCAUUGCUGUCCGUGAAUGCACUGGUUGAAGACGCGGAGGAAAAACAGCUUACGAAGCCUGCUGUGAAAGAGUGGCUGGAGGAGUCGAAAGAUGCUGUCUAUGAGGCUGAAGACGUCUUGGAUGAGAUAGCCACUGAAGCCUUGAAACGUAAGUUGGAUGCUGAAUUUCAAACCACUUCAAGUAAGCUACGUAAAUCCAUCUCUACUUUCUUUGGUCAUUUUGUCAAGGUCAUAGAGCCAAAGAUAGCAGAGCUACUUGGCAAACUAGAAUAUCUAGCAAAGCAAAAAGAUGUUCUAGGUCUAAAAGAAGGUGUUGGAGGAGAAUCAUCAAAAAGAUUCCCCACGACUUCUUUGGUAGAAGAAUCUGGUAUUUUUGGUAGGGAUGGUGAUAAGGAAAAAAUAAUAAGCUUGUUGCUCUCUGACCAUGCAACUGGCAAUGAAAAUCUGUGCGUUAUUCCCAUAGUGGGCAUGGGGGGAAUUGGCAAGACCACCCUUGCCCAGCUUGUAUACAAGGACAAGAGGGUGCAUGAGCAUUUUGACUUUAUGGCAUGGGUAUGUGUUUCGGAUGAGUUUGACGUGUUCAGGGUAACUAAAACAGUUCUAGAGGCACUGACUUCAUCGACUUGUGAUAUGAAGGAUCUAAAUCUAAUUCAAGUUACACUACAGGAUAAGUUGAUGGGGAAGAAAUUCAUACUUAUUUUAGAUGACGUAUGGAAUGAAAAUUAUGCUGAUUGGGAGAUCUUAAGUAGUCCAUUUAGAUCUGGGGCACGAGGAAGUACAGUCAUUGUAACAACACGCAAUGAUAAUGUUGCCUCAAUCAUGCGUGCUGUUUCAACUGAUCGUCUAAAGCCAUUAUUGGAAGACGAUUGUUGGUUACUAUUUGAAAAACAUGCAUUCCACGAUGGCAACAUGGAUGCACGUUCACAGCUAGAAGUAAUAGGUAGACAAAUUGUGAAAAAGUGUGAAGGUCUACCUUUAGCAGCCAAGGCAAUUGGGAGUCUCCUGCGAUCUAAACUAAGUGUUGAUGAGUGGGAGAAAAUAUUGAAGAGCGAAGUAUGGGAUUCACCAAUUGGCAAAGAAAAUAUUCUUCCAGCUCUAAGAUUAAGUUACAAAUAUCUUCCAUCACAUCUAAAAAAAUGUUUUGCUUACUGUUCAAUAUUUCCCAAAGAUUGUGUUUUAAAAAAAGAUGAAGUAGUCUUAUUAUGGAUGGCAGAAGGUUUCUUAAAAGAAACUAUAAACAAGAAAAUGGAAGAGGUUGGCGAAGAUUACUUCCUUGACUUGGCAUCAAGGUCAUUGUUGGAACAAUCAAGUGACAAUAAAUCAGGUUUUGUAAUGCAUGAUCUCGUCAACGACUUGGCCAAAUUCGUAUCUGGGAAAUUUACCUUUAGAUUGCAUAUUGACCAUUCUCCUGAAACUAUGAACGAGACUCGCCAUUUGUCGUAUUUGAGAAGAACAUUUGAUAACUUUAAGAAGUUUGAGGUUCUUUGUGAGGCUACUCGAUUGCACACAUUCUUAGCAUUGGAGUUGUCACCAAACCAUAAUUACUUUUACUUAAGUAAAAGAGUACCACUUGAUUUAUUGCCAAAACUAAGAUGCUUGCGGGUGCUUUCUCUAUCCCAUUACCGAAAUAUGACUGAGUUGCCUGAAUCAAUUGGCAAAAUCAAGCAUUUACGUUACUUGAACAUUUCUUCCACUGCAAUUGAAAGGUUACCCGAUUCCAUAUGUAAGUUGUGCAAUUUGCAAACAUUGAACUUAUCAUUUUGUCAUCGUAUUGCUGUAUUACCAAGAGAUAUGUGGAAACUCAUCAACUUACGUCAUCUUGAUCUUGUCGGAACUGCCAUAAAGGAGAUGCCAAUGCAGCUGGGUAGAUUAAAAUGUCUACAGACUUUAAGUAAAUUUAUCAUCAACAAACAUAGUGGGGCAUGCAUUGAAGAGUUGGGGAAACUUGCAAACCUUCGAGGGAAUUUAUCUAUUUCAGAGCUUCAAAGCGUCGUAUCUCCUAUGGACACUCUGAAAGCAUGCUUGAAAGAUAGGAAGUACCUUGAGGAGUUGGUGUUGGAAUGGAAUGGAUUGGGUACUAAUAUUUCAGAAUGUCAAAGAUCUGUACUUGACAAUCUUCAGCCCCAUAGUAACUUGAAAAGUCUCACUAUCAACAACUAUGGCGAUAAAAGUCUUCCAGAUUGGGUUGGGCAUCAUUCAUUCUCUAAUUUAGUGUCCCUUCACCUAAACAAUUGUAAACAUUGUCCAAACUUGCCACCACUUGGGCAGCUACCCUCUUUGCAGAAUCUCUAUGUUGUUGGGUUUGAAGGAGUUGUUAAAGUGGAUUAUGAGUUUUGUGGCGGUGAUUCUUCAUCAAUUAAGCCAUUUGGAGCCUUAAAAGUUUUAAGCUUCAAGCAAAUGUUGAAAUGGGAGGAAUGGUCUUCUUUCGGGGUCGAAAACGAAGGUGAAGCUUUCCCUCAACUUGAAGUGCUUUAUGUUGAUGACUGCCCUAAAUUAACAGGGGGGUUGCCCGUCCAUCUUCCUUCUUUAACCAAACUUGAGAUUUGUAAAUGUCCGCAGCUAGUGGUUUCACUCCCGAAGGCUCCUGCUUUACACGAAUUGGAGCUAAGCAAUUGUAAUGAGGUUCUGUUAAAAGAAUUGCCAACUAGAUUGGAAGGGCUCGUAAUUGGAGAAUUUGACGCACUUGAGUCCCUUCCCAAUGGAAUGGUGGCCUCCAACAACUGUCUUCAACAGUUAUACAUCAGGGGAUGUAUGAAGUUAGAGCUCCCAACACACUUAAACUUUUCAUCCCUUGAAAGGUUGCAGUUGAGCGGUUGUGAUUCCCUCAAGUCAUUUCCGUUAGAUUUCUUUCCAAGGCUUUCUCAUAUAGAUAUAUGGAGCUGCGAGAAUAUGGAAUCUUUGACAGAUUCAGAACAACAUGGACGUGAUUUAGUGACCUUGAAUAUUACCAUCGGCUAUUGCCCUAAUUUUGUAUCUUUUCCGAAAGAAGGAAUCCGUGCCCCACAACUUUCAUAUUUUUAUGUCUCUAAUUGUCCAAAUCUGAGGUCAUUGCCAGAGAAGAUGCAUACACUCCUGCCUUCUCUUUCGCUUUUUCAUAUAAGCCGUUGUCCAAGAGUUGAGUCGUUUCCCGAAGGAGGCUUUCCUUCCAACCUGAGAACUAUUGCAGUCGAGAAUUGUGAAAAACUCUCUGCCGGUCGGAUGGGAUGGAAUUUGCAAAAACUCCCAUCUCUUAGAAAUUUGGGUAUCGGGGACAAAUCUGAAGAUGUGGUGUCCUUUCCAGAGCCAGGGUUGCUGCCUUCUUGUCUGACUCAUCUUCGUAUCUCUGAAUUUCCAAAUAUGAAAUCUUUGGACAAGAGAGGGCUUCAACACCUCACCUCUCUUCAACAAUUGAGGUUCUGGUCCUGCCCUAAGCUCGAGCACGUGCCAAAAGAAGGGUUGCCAACCUCCCUUUCUAUAAUAGAGAUCAGUCGAUGCCCUUUGUUGAGGAAACGGUGGCAAAGCAAGAAAGGAAAAGAACGGCGAAACAUUCCUGACGUCGAUCACAUAUUGAUUGAUUCCGAAGAAUUCAUUGAAUGAGCCAAAAGCCUCGGAAGAGUCCCAUUUCCUGACCUCGAAGGCGGCAACAACAUAUUCAGCAGGAGAUCAAAGAGCUUGGGUCACAAUUACAAGAAGCAAAUAUAAUCUAUGAUCCUAAGUGGCAUGAACGCUUGAAGAAUACAGGAGAUGGAAGAGCUUGAUUAUGAAUACACAAAGCAGAGGCUAGCUUGCAUAUACACGU